AUGAAUAACGAGUGCUCAUCGGUGAUAUUGUGCAGAUGGAUGUAUAUUCACAAAAAAAGUGGAGAUAUGAUGUCAUUGUGGAUGCUGAUGGCCCUUGCGCUGUUGGCUGUGACACAGGCGGAAUUGAGUUCACGUGUUAUUAGGACAAAGUAUGGUGAAAUAUCGGGUGUGAUUGUGACGCUUGAGCGUAAUUUGGAGGGUGUUGAGGUGUUUCGUGGGGUGCCUUAUGCAUCACCACCAGUUGGUAGUCUACGAUUUAUGCCACCUGUCAAUGGUGCAUUGUGGCAGGGUGUCAAGGUGGCGGACAAGUUUGGUCCAGUUUGUCCACAGAAGUUGCCGGAAUUAACAAACGAUAUGCCCAAGGGGAGGGUUGAGUAUCUUAAGAGGCUACUACCCUACUUGAGGAAUCAGAGCGAGGAUUGCCUCUAUCUUAAUAUCUAUGCACCGGUACAAGCUGGAGCUAGAGACGGCGCCAGCAGAAGGUAUCCCGUGAUGGUAUUCGUUCAUGGCGAGAGCUACGAGUGGAACAGCGGUAACCCGUAUGAUGGCUCUGUUCUUGCCAGUUAUGGUGGUGUCGUUGUGGUAACGAUAAACUACAGGCUUGGGAUCUUAGGGUUCCUGAACGCCAACACAGAUUCGCACUUGCGUUCGCCAGCAAACUACGGUCUGAUGGAUCAGAUCGCCGCGCUGCACUGGGUCCAAGAGAACAUCGCGUACUUCGGAGGUGACCCUGGGAAUGUCACGUUAAUUGGUCAUGGGACUGGGGCUGCCUGUGUCAAUUUUCUUAUGACGAGUCAAGCUGUGCCUGAUGGCCUAUUGUUUCAUCGGGGGAUUCUCAUGUCGGGAAGUGCACUCUCCCCUUGGGCACUCGUCAGAGGAGCUGCGGAUUAUGCUAUGCAGGUUGCUAAGCAUCUCAACUGCUCAUCGGUUGCCCACGAUCCCCAGUCAUUGCUGCGAUGCCUGAGAGAUGUAUCAUUGGAGAGUAUAAUGUCAGUGCCAGUCAAGGGUCUGGCAUUUGCACCGGCAUUCGGACCGAGUAUAGAUGGUGUUGUCAUUGACCCUGGGGAUCCGGAAGAUCAGGAUUAUACGCUACAAGUUGAUACUAUUAAUACACUCAAUAAUAUAUUGCUCAGGAAGGAUGUCAUAGCGAAACUAUCGAGGUAUGACUUGAUGGUCGGUGUAGUGCGAUCGGAAGCCUACUUCUCCCUGACCUCGGACGACGCCCAAUACGGAAUGGAAGCAGACAGAAGAACCAAAAUUCUCCGUGAAUUUGUCCGCAAUACCUACACCUAUCACCAAGCGGAAAUUCUCGCGACGAUAAUAAACGAAUACACAGACUGGGAGAGACCGGUACAACACCCAGUGAACAUCAGGGACGAGACCCUGGAGGCACUUGGGGAUGCCAAUACCGUUGCACCAGCUACGAGGACUGCUGAUCUGCACAGCCAAUCACAUCGGAAUUCCUAUCUCUACGUGUUCGAUUAUCAGACGAAAUUCGGUGACUAUCCGCAGAGACAAGGAUGCAUACACGGUGAAGAACUUCCCUAUUUAUUCGGUGCACCACUGAUAGGCGGCCACUCCCACUGGCCAAAGAACUACACAAGAGCAGAAAUAACACUCUCAGAAAGUGUUAUCCUGUACUUCACAAACUUUGCUCGCACUGGAAAUCCCAACGAGGGUACACCGGAUCCUGGACCCUCAGGAUCACGUCCAGAACGUACGAAACUUAAGAAUACUCUCUGGACAGCUUAUGAGGCUGUCCACAAGAAUUAUCUCAGUCUCGACACAAAAUCCAAGUUGAAGAACCACUACCGAGCCCACCGCCUCUCCUUCUGGCUGAACCUAGUGCCAGACCUUCACAAGCCAGGCUCCGACGACGUCCCCCGUUCUCACCAUCUCUUGGACGCCGAACAGGUGCCCCCGCGAUUCAUCCAACGCCUCCCGACAACAGCCAAGCCAACGACCCUCGAGCUGACAACCGAGCGUAUUCUCAACACAACAACAGCAUCCCCAAGCGAGCUUGCCUUCGAAGAGACAACGAGUCAGCCGGAGGACGGUUUCGCAGCCUACUCAACAGCCCUAAGCGUAACAAUAGCCAUCGGCUGUAGUCUUCUCAUUCUAAACGUCUUGAUCUUCGCCGGUGUCUACUACCAGCGAGACAAGAAUCAGCACCACUGCCCGAAGAAGCGCCAGGAGAACGGCCAAAUGCCGAACAACAUAUGCGGCGAACUCGAGACCAAAACAGCUGAACGCCACCACAUACAGCACAUGCCACCACCGGACUUCUCUGAUCUCCAGAACAACACGUGUCUUGUACCGAUGCCACCGCCACCACCGAAAAAUACAAAACCAUCGAAACCGGCUCAAGGACAAAAUUUGAUAAUGAGUCCCAAUCAGCUGCAGCAGGAGAGCAUGCAGAUGACGACUGUGGGAACCCUCAAGAAGGGACACAAUCACCAACAGAUCAUGGAGGAGCUGAGGGUCUGA